AUGACUGACAAUAAGAUGGAAUAUGUCCGCCUCGGAAACUCAGGUCUCAAGAUCUCCAAGAUCAUCCUUGGGACAAUGGGCUAUGGCAGCAAGCAAUGGCAAGACUGGGUCCUGAACGAGGAAGAUUCUCUGCCCCUGAUUGAACAUGCCUACAAGCAGGGCAUCAACACCUGGGACACGGCGGACGUCUACUCUCACGGCAAAUCCGAGGAAAUCGUCGGCAAAGCCCUGAAGAAGUACAACAUCCCUCGCAACCGCGUGGUAAUUCUAACCAAGUGCUUCUUCGGUGUCGACGACGAGGGCAAGUUCCCACCCAUCGCCGCAUCCGCCAAAAACGACGGCCCUUUCGUCAACCGCACCGGCUUAUCGCGCAAGCAUAUCUUCGAUGCCGUCGACGCCAGCGUGGAACGUCUAGGCACGUACAUCGAUGUGCUGCAGAUCCACCGAUUGGACCGUGAUACUCCGCGCGAGGAGAUCAUGAAGGCGCUGAACGACGUCGUCGAGAGUGGGAAGGUCCGGUACAUCGGUGCUAGCUCGAUGGCAGCAUGGGAAUUCCAAUCCCUGCAGAACAUCGCCGAGCGCAACGGCUGGUACAAAUUCAUCAGCAUGCAGAACUUCCACAACCUCCUCUUCCGCGAGGAAGAGCGCGAGAUGAUCCCCUACUGCCGAGACUCCGGCGUCGGCAUUAUACCGUGGUCACCGAUUGCCCGUGGUGCGCUGGCGCGGUCUUGGGGCUCGCGCUCGACGGUGCGCGAGAACACCGACGGCGCGCUGAAGAUGUUUGUCCGCAGUCGCGAGUCGGAGGCGGAUAAGGCUAUCAUUGAUCGGGUUGAGGAACUCGCUAAGAAGAAGGGAGUGAGCAUGGCUCAGAUUGCUAUUGCGUGGUCUUUGACGCACCCUGGUGAGAAUCCGAUUCUUGGGCUGCAUAGUGUUGAGCGGAUUGAUGAGGCGGUUGCUGCUAUUAAGGUCCGGCUGUCUCCGGAGGAGAUUAAGUAUUUGGAGGAGCCGUAUGUUCCUAAGGCUGUUUCUGCUCUUGAGCGGUAA